AUGGGUCUGGCCCUGCUGCCCGGGUUCUGCUCCCUGCUUCUCCUCGGCCUCUGGCUGCGAAGCUCCUGCGCCAACGAAAUCCUGGGCCUGAAGUUGCCGUCGGAGCCGGUGCUGAACGCCAACACCGUGUGCCUGACGCUGCCCGGCCUGACGCGGCGCCAGCUGGAGGUGUGCGUCCGCCACCCCGACGUGACGGCCUCCGCCAUCCAGGGCAUGCAGAUCGCCAUCCACGAGUGCCAGCACCAGUUCCGGGACCAGCGCUGGAACUGCUCCAGCCUGGAGACCAAGAACAAGAUCCCCUACGAGAGCCUCAUCUUCAGCCGAGGCUUCCGGGAGAGCGCCUUCGCCUACGCCAUCGCGGCCGCCGGGGUGGUGCACGCCGUCUCCAACGCCUGCGCCCUCGGCAAGCUGCAGGCCUGCGGCUGCGACCAGAAGCGCCGGGGGGACGAGGAAGCCUUCCGCAUGAAGCUGCACCGGCUCCAGCUGGAGGCCAUGAACCGGGGCAAAGGGAUGGUGCACGGGGUCCGGCUGGAGCACAUGCCGGCCGAGGCCCCAGGGCUCCAGGACUCCUGGGAGUGGGGGGGCUGCAGCCCCGAUGUGGACUAUGGGGAGAAGUUUUCCAAGGAUUUCCUAGACUCCCGGGAAACCUACAGGGACAUCCACUCCCGCAUGAGGCUGCACAACAACCGCGUCGGCCGGCAGGUGGUGCUGGAUAACAUGCGGAGGAAAUGCAAGUGCCACGGCACCUCCGGGAGCUGCCAGCUGAAGACGUGCUGGCAGGUGACCCCUGAGUUCCGCCUGGUGGGCUCGGUGCUCAAGGAGCGCUUCUCCGGGGCCACGCUGAUCCGGCCCCACAACCGGAACACGGGGCAGCUGGAGCCAGGCCACGUGCGGCACCGGCGCCGAGCCAGCAUCGGCGACCUCAUCUACUUCGAGAAAUCGCCCGACUUCUGCGAGCGGGAGCCGGCACUGGACUCCAUGGGCACCCAGGGCCGGCUGUGCAACAAGAGCAGCCCGGGCAUGGACAACUGCGAGAGCCUGUGCUGCGGGCGGGGUCACAACAUCCUGCGCCAGACGCGCAGCGAGCGCUGCAACUGCAAGUUCCACUGGUGCUGCUUCGUGGCGUGCGAGGAGUGCCGCCGCACCGAGUGGGUCAGCGUCUGCAAGUGAGGCGGGCCGGAGCGCGACAGCCACGGGACGGACGGUCCAGACGCGUCCCGGGCGCAGCUUCCCUUUGCCCCAGCCAGGCCCUCGGGGCGGAGCAGCUCCCGGGGGGCUGCCCAGCACUGGUUAAUUCACCGCACACCUUCCACCCUUUGUCGGCACCCUGGCACCUGGCCCCGCCGGCCGCACCAGCUCCUGCCGUGGGGAGCGUUCAGACGACUGCCCAGGCAAACCCCACGCCCGUUCCCGGAUGGGGAGACCUCCUAUGCUGGGACCCGGCAGGGCAACUCAGUAGCAGGGCGGGGGUGGGAUGGGAAGGAUGGGGGAGUGUUUCCGAGCGAGGUACCGUUCCUUCUGUUCAGGAACAGCAUCAACCGCAGCCUAUGGGCAGCCAAGCAUGGACGGGAUUUGGGCCGCGAGCAGCUCCGGCGAAAGCUCCGUCCCUGCCCAGCGUGGACACAUGCAGAGAUCUCCAGGGAGCAGAGGACUAAAUCCCCCGGCAGUCUCCCUUCAAUGGAAGGGGACAGCUCAGGACUCACCGGACCACACUGAAAAGGGAUUUUCAUAUGAAAAAAACACGUAAACAAGACUGUUGAGGGCACUACCCCAGUGUUUCUAAGAGGAGGGGGGUCCCCAGCGCCCUGGGGCGGUGCCACGCGCGCCCGCGGCUGCUGGGGUCUGGUAAGUUAUUUUAUU